UGCAUGUCCAUGCGCUCCCUCGACCAACACCAUGGCGUCUAAUAUCCUCCAGGUCCCCUUUCGGCGCUCGCACCCCGUCUCCCUGUCGGAUGCCAUCACGCAGUACAUCUCCACGAAAUAUGACCAACGCCCGGACAUGUUCGCAGAGGACCUGCUGAUCAUCGACCGGCUGCGAAACGAAGCGAUCAAUGUCCAGGAGCCGCACAUCAGCGGGAUCAGCCGGCUCGUCACGUACGCGGCGCAGCUGAAGUGGCUGGGGGGGAAGUUUCCGGUGGAUGUGGGAGUGGAAUUCCCGUGGUUCCCCGCGUUUGGAUUCAAUACCUCUCGACCGGUUUCGCAGGAUAACAUCCGAUUCGAACUCGCAAACGUCAUCUUCAACCUCGGCGCGCUGUACUCGCAGCUGGCCUUCUCGGUGAACCGCACCACCUCCGAUGGCCUCAAACAGGCGUGCAACUAUUUCUGCCAGGCGGCCGGCAUCCUGGUCCACCUGCGCUCCGAUAUUCUACCCGAUCUGCGGACGUCGCCACCAGAGGAUAUGGACGAGAUGACGCUGCAGAGUCUGGAGCAGCUGCUGCUGGCGCAGGCGCAGGAGUGUUUCUGGCAGAAGGCCGUCAAGGAUGGGCUGAAGGAUGCGUCGAUUGCGCGGCUGGCGGCCAAGGUGUCGGAUUUCUACGCAGACGCCGGGGAUCAUGCGGUGAAGUCGAAUGCCAUUAGUCCGGAGUGGAUCCAUCAUAUGACGGCGAAGCAUCACCAUUUCGCGGCCGCGGCGCAGUACCGCCAGUCGCUCGACUGCUUGGAGAAACGCAAGUAUGGCGAGGAGGUGGCGAGACUGAGGGAUAGCGAGGCGUGCGUCAAUGAAGCCUUGAAGGAGUCGCGCUGGAUCAACCGCACGGUGGUCGGGGAUUUACAGGGGCUGAAGAACCGGGUGACUGAGGACCUGAAGCGCGCGGAGAAGGAUAACGAUAUCAUCUACUUGAACCCGGUCCCGCCCAAGUCGGAGCUCAAGCUCAUCGACCGGGCAAGCAUGGUUGCCGCCAAGGCGCCGUCUCAGGUGACGGAUGCUAUCUCGAUGCUGGGCGACAACGGGCCGUUGGGUCAGCCGUUGUUCUCCAAGCUGGUCCCGUACGCCGUGCAUAUCGCAGCCAGCAUCUAUUCGGACCGUCGGGAUCGACUGAUCAACGAGACCAUUAUUGGUGAGCUGGAAACAAUGACGGACAAGCUGAGAGAUUUGCUAUCAUCGUUGAAUCUCCCGGGCUCUCUGCAGGCUCUCGAGAAGCCACUUGGGCUGCCGCCGACCUUGGUGUCCCACGCCGAGGAAAUGCGUCAGCAGGACGGCUUGUACCGGUUGCGCAAGUCGCUUGAGGAUACCGCGACGGUGAAGGGCAACGACCGGGCUGUGUAUAACGAGGGCGUGGAACUCCUGGCCGCGGAAAAGGCCGAGGACGAUGCCUCAAGGCGGAAAUACGGAACCGAUCGCUGGUCUCGGGCGUCGUCCGAGGAGGCAGCGCGGAAGCUGUACACAACUUCGGGCGAAAUCGAGGGUUACUUCACGUCGGCGCAGAGCAGCGACAACCUGGUCGAGCAGAAGCUGAAAGGCUCGGAGGCAGUGUUCCGGGUCCUGACGGGCACGAACCGCGAUCUGGAGAUGUAUGUGCCCAGCAGCCGGUAUGCGGCGAUUCCGCCGGAGGUCGAGCGCGAGGUGAGCCGACUCCGGGGGUGUCUGAGCGAAGUGAGCCGUCUGGAGAGCCGCCGCAAACGCCAGGCCCAGGCGCUGAAGGACAAGGCGCGGGCGGACGACAUCAGCCCCGCGCUCAUCAAGGAGACGGCCCGUCUGGAGCGGGAGUUCCCCAUGCAGGCGAUCCAGGCGAGCCAGUUCGAAGAUCUGUUCGAGGAGCAGCUGCACCUGUACGACCCGGAGCUGGAGAUGGUCGCGCAGGAGCAGCAGGACCAGGACGCGAUCGCAGCGCGGGUGCGCGAGGCCAACCGGGCAUUUACGCGGACGCACACGGGGGAUGCGUCGACGAAGGAGCGGGAGAAGGCGCUGCAGGACCUGGAGAACGGGUAUCUGAAGUACAAGGAGAUCCUGUCGAACAUCGAAGUGGGCCGCAAAUUCUACAACGAUCUGGCCAAGAUCGUGGGGAGGUUCCGGGACGACAGCAAGGCGUUUGUGCACAAGAGACGCAUGGAGGCCAGCCAGAUGGAGGGGGACAUCUCGAGUGUGGCCGCGAUGGCGACGUUGAACAUCUCUCAGCCGCUGCGACAGGCACCGGCGCCGCCCACGCCGCAGGCGUCGUACUCGGGCGGAGGUCAGCAGUACACCGCGCAGCCCAGUUACAGCGCCGCACCGCCGCAGACGUAUCCGGCAGCGCAACCCCCGGCGGCGACGCAGCCCCGGCCAGAGCCCAUGACGGCGCCGCAGCCCACGCGGGCCAACGCCCGGCCGCCGAUGUCGCCGGGCAUCUGGUCGCCCGAGAUGGGCAUCCGGUUCCAGCCGGGCCAGUGGGAUCCGAGUAAGGGGGUGAAGUUUUCAUAGGACUACAUCUAUCCAUCUGGAGCUACGACAGACCAUCAAGCAUACAAUUACAAUGGAUUACCGGGUGCAUAUAAACAUACAUACACAUACACACAUACACAUACAC